UGGCGUGCCGAGCGCGCCCGACGCGCAUUGCUAAUGGAAUCUAAUUACGAUGAAUUGCUCGAACACUUUGCGUUGCGAUGCGCGUGCGAUUGUUAUCUAUACUCGCUGUGUUCCAUACUAAUAACAUGAACUAGCUGGUGCCCGCGAGCUCGCUUCGCGUUAUUCUAGUUGACCAGACAUUGAAGUAAUUUCCGCGAGUCGGCAGCGAUGUGGGCCUGAUUACUUAUCACGCGGGUUUUUAGCACAGGAGCGGAGCGCGGAGCGGAGCGCGGAGCGGAGCGGGCAGCAGCGGCGAUGGUGCGGUGACGCCGAGCAUGAGGAAGUUCAUGCGCACGCGCGCCGCGCCGCCCCCCGCCGCGCCGCCGCUCGCCGCGCCCGCCGCCGCGCCGCCCAAGACCAACGGCUUCACCAAUGGCGUGGGCGCCGGGCCGCGCCGCGACGACCACCACUCCACUCUCAACAGAUACUGGAGCGAGUCGGAGGAGUGCGGCUCGGCGUGCGACGCGCCGCCCGCGCUGUGGGAGGACCCCGAGUUCCCCGCCGCCGCUGCCGCGCUGGCCGACCGCCGCCUCGCGCAUCGCACGCACUGGCUGCGACCGCACGAGCUGUGCGCGCGGCCGCGCUUCCUGGGCGACACGGCACUGGACGAGCGCCUCGAGCCCGACUGCGCCGAGCGCGGCGCCGCGCGCUGGCGCCUGGCGCCGGGCGAGGCGGGCGACGCGGCGCUGUGCUGCGCGGCCACCGCGCUCGCGCUCACGCCCAGCCUGCUGGCGCGCGCGGCGCCGCCGCAAUCCUUCAGCGCCGCCUACACCGGCCGCUUCCGCUUCCGUUUCUGGGUGUUCGGCACGUGGCGCGAGGUGGCCGUGGACGACCGGCUGCCGGCGCGCGGCGGCCGCCUGCUGGCCAGCCGCGCCGCGCUGCCCGACGACUUCACGCUGCCGCUGCUGGAGAAGGCGUACGCCAAGCUGCACGGUGGCUACGCGCGCCUGCGCGGCGGCAGCGUGGCGCGCGCGCUGCAGGAGCUGACGGGCGGCGUGGUGCAGAGCUUCGCGCCGCCGCGCCAGCCGCGCGCGCUGCUGCUGCAGGUGCUGCACUCGGCCGUGCCGCGCUCCACGCUGCUGGUGGCCACCGUGGCGGACGCCGUGCCGGAUAAGCAGGCGGGCCGGUGCGGCGGGCUGCUGGCGGGGCAGGCGUACUGCGUGACGGGGCUGGCGCGCGUGCGCGACGCGCCGGACGACGGCGGCGUGCUGGUGCGCCUGCGCGCGCCGUCCGGCCGCGGCGAGUGGGCGGGCGCGUGGGCGCGCGGCAGUGCGCAGUGGCGCGCGCUACCCGACCACGACCGCGAGCUGCUGGAGCGCCGCGCCGACCUGCCCGGGCACUUCUGGAUGUCGUUCGCGGACUUCGCGCGCUCGUUCGGGCGCUUGGAGCUGGUGCACGUGGGGCCGGACGACUGGCUGCGCGAGCCCGCGCUGCACGCCAAGCGGCCGUGGCGCGCCGUGCUGGCGCGGCGGCGCUGGCGGCGCGGCGUGAGCGCGGGCGGGCCGCCCGGCGCGCCCACCGCGCACGCCAACCCGCACUUCCACCUGCAGGUGCCGCGCGCCGACGCCGGCAAGUGCCACGUGGUGGUGUCGGUGACGCAGGCGUACGGCGUGGGCGCGGGCGCGCGCGCGCGGCUUCUGGGCAUCGGCUUCGCCGUGUACGAGCUGCCGCCCGGCGCCGCGCCGCGCCGCGCCGCGCUGCCGCCGCUGCGCGCGCUGGACGUGACGCACUCAUCGCGCGCGCGCGAGGUGGUGACGUUCUUCACGCUGCCGGCGGGCCAGUACCUGGUGGUGCCGCACGCGCACCGCGCGCACGUCGAGGCCGCCUUCCUGCUGCGCAUCCUCACCGACGACCACACUGACGUGUGGGAGGUGAACGACGACAACGCCAUCAUCCGAGACAUCGCGUGCGAGUUCGCGGACGAGGGCCGCUCUCUGCCGGCUGAGCUGCAGACGGCGAUCGCCAAGGUGGUCGGGAGGGACGAGUCGGAGGAGGUGGACGCGGCACGGUUGCGCACGCGGCUGCGGCGCGUGUGGCGGCGCGUGCUGCCGGCGCGGCCGUCGCUGGAGCUGUGCCGCGCGCUGGUGGCGCUGCGAGAUCCGGCGGUGAGCGGGCGCGUGUGCGCGCGCGAGCUGGCGCCGCUGCUGGCGCGGCUGGCGCUGUGGCGCGCGGCGCUGGCGGCCGAGGGCGCGGGGCGCUGCGCGCGGCGCCUGAGCGCGUACCGGCUGCGCGCGCUGCUGUGGGCGUGCGGCGUGAGCGCGUCCAACAAGGUGCUGGAGUGCCUGGUGCUGCGCUACGCGCGCGGCGCCGCGCUCGCGCCCGACGCCUGCGUGCUGGCGCUCGCCAGGCUGCACCUCGCGCACGAGAGGUACCGCAGCCUCGACACGAAACUAAAGUCCAACCCCCUCUCGCUGGAAGAGAUGAUCCUGAUGACGAUCUACUCGUGAGGAACUGCUCGCCGGAGGGAGGGAGGACGCCCAAAUAAUGAUUACCUUACUCUUUAUUAUUUAUGUUCGUUGUUAUUUUGCUACAAAGUUACUGUUAGCUAUUUUUAUUGUUUGUACUUAAAAUAUUUUUGUUAAUGAAUUUAUUAGUUUCCGUAGUUAACGACCGACGAACAACAUUUCUGUCAUAGUUUAUUAUUUGCUGGCCGGUGCGGCUGCUCGAUGUUAUGGUGGAUGAUUUAUUUUUAUUUUCAAUUAACUAAUGUACGCAGCAAACCAAAGAUGCACACCGGUACCACUACCGAUCACUCGAAUACUGGCGUCUAGCACAAAUCCAUCGCAUGAACUAUCCUACUGAAUCCCGAUGCCGCAUACAUACUUAGAUUGAUAAUAAAUAAUAAUUAAAUAUUAUAAUUAGUACAUAAUAAGAACAGAAAGCCCCAUCAGCCACGAGAGGAACGACCUUGCACUAUCCUUUGGAAAAAUAAACAAUCGCCCAUCAGCUGUCCAGAGAAGCUUCCAGAGAAGAUACAAUUAUAUUACCUACAUUAUUAUCAAAAGAUAUAUAUUACUAUUACUUUAGGACGUCAACAUGAAUUCGGGCUGACACCAUAUGUUUAUGUUCAAUUUAUUCAUGGCCUUCUUUGAUAUCUGGAUUUAUGUGUUUCAAUAAUUGAAAAAUUAAACCAAAAAAUUAUACUAAGUAACUAUGUAAGAACUGUGGGGAAAAUGAACACGCGCAUCAGUAGAUGGUAGGUAAUCGUCAGUAUAGUUAUGUUUUAGACUCGCAGUCGUUUCAUAUGAAAAGAUUGUUUUGUUGGUGCAAUACUAAGUAGAUAGGUAUUUAUUUUAUUUUGCUAAUAAUCAAAACAUAAUAUAUAUUAAAGAAUAUAAUUGAGUACUGAAAAUAUAAAUUAUGGUGCUGAGUACUUAGGUAGUACUUACUUACGUUUAGAAAAAGUUCACUGAAUGAUGUACUUACCCAUAUAAAUAGUUAAGUAAAUAUUUAAAGGAUUAAAUGUGAUACUACGAGGACCUAAUAAUGUACCAAAUAUACCUGUACCAAUAUAUAUAUACCACUGCGGAACAUCCUUAGCUGUAGCCACUAGCCUGUAAGCAUAAGCUAAGGUAGGUACUGGGUACCUUGUAGCGAGUACUUAUUUAAAAUACAAUUAAAUGUUAAAUUACAAAGAUGUUGA